GUCCAGUAGAGGAUCUGUUAAACCAGGCUGACCAGCUCAUCUCUACACAACACCCUCGGGCAGAAGUCUACGCCUCCAUGGCUGAGUCACUCGGCCUCGCCUGGAAGGACCUCAACUCACAGCUGGGACCGGAAACAGAUCCUCGACAUGGGGGUCUCCUUCCACACUCGAGCGCAGCAGUACAGCGACAGUAUGGACGCCGCCGAACGAGCCUACACCGACAAUGUGAUGCCCAACGACGCCGAAGGGGCGAGGCAGCUCCUCUCGUCACUACAUGAUCACAAACGAUCCGUUCUCGAGGCCUCUAUGUACACCUUACAGGAGGCACAGGCCCUCUUGGCAAGACUCAGGGGCCUGUCCUCGGAGGGUGCCACACUAGACUCAAGACCUCUUCAAAUAAAGACUAAUAUAGAGUUUGCUUGUUCUCAAAUUGAACACUACCUGGAGUCCCUCCAUGACCGCCGGAGGUUCUUGGACGGCCUCUUCUCUGCCAGGAAGCAUCACCUGGAACAAUGCCUCGCUCUCUGUUUACUUUAUCAGGACCUGACGGAAGCAGUGACAGCCCUUAAACAACUGCGGGAUGAGGUGUCACAGCACCAAGGUCUGGGAGAGUCACAGAGUGAUGCAGAAUUCCUCUACCACGAACAUAUAAAGAGAGAAAUUGCUGCUAAGGAACAACAAGAUAGAUGCAUAAGGUUGUUGAAAACUGCUGAAACUAUGGCUUCUAAAGGUCACUAUGCAGGACUAGAGGCACGGUCAAGAGCGUAUUCAGUCUUAGAGGCUGCCACGGCUCUUCAUGAAACGUGUGACACUCGUACUGCUCUCCUCCAACAGGCAAUCCUCUUCUUCAAAUUAGCUCAAACUGCACUCACAAAGUUAGACCAGGCUGAGGUGCAGGUAGCAAGUCUUGGUGGUGAGGGUGCUCAGCGCCUCUCACUAGUACUGGGUGUUGUGGAAGAAGCCGUCCAACCUGCGCUGACUGAAGGUUAUGCAAUCCUUGAGGUCACUGGUGGCAGAAGUCAGCCACAUAAUAUGGGUAUCUCACUGGUUGUGGAGGAACUUGAGCGUCGCCGUAGUCAUCUGUCUUCCGUUUGUGUGUCUUCAACUGAACAAGUUCUCCAGCGCACAGAACUCUCUAAUGCCUUCCUUGAACAGUAUAACACUAUUGAGUCUUGGCUAGUGCGCAUUGGUGAUGCCUUCCUUCAGGGCCACCAGGAUCCAGGUGGCUCCCUCAGUCUUGCCAAAGACUUUCUUCACCUCCACCAAACACUCAAUCAUGAUGUUAUGGAGAAGAAAAACGAAAUCGAAGCUCUCUCAACUUUCCUCGAGAAACUCUUACCCGACUUAUCAGCAGAAGAAGGAGUCGGCUACCAAGAAAAGAUACGAGCACUACAAGACCACUGGAUUGCACUAAAGAAACUUAUAGAUCUUCGUAUUGGAAUCACCAAGAAGUAUGUGAAAUUCCACGAAGAUGCUGAGGCUGUGAAUAAUGAGCAUGAGGCUCUGGAACUACUCCUGAAGGAGGCUAAGGGUGAAGAUCGUGGUGCUGAGGUGGAAGCUAAGUGGGAACAAGUUCAGAAGCUAUAUCUUGAUCUCUGUAAUACAGGAAAAGCUUUCUGCCAGGACGUCAAGGGUGCGGAGGAUCCUUACCUGGACUCAAACCGUGCCAUCCUGUGUGUGGAGUCCAUAUUAGAACAUCUGGGCAAGCGACGUCUGGUUAUCACUGACCUUCACUCCCACUUCCAUAUGAAGAUCACCAUGACCAAGGAGAUGUUGAUAUUGUGGAAGACUUACAGAGAAAAUGUCAAUAAGAUGCACUUUGAAAUGUCUCAGAUGGAGACAGACUUCUGCCCACUCCUGAGAGGAGAUACCACAGAUCCUGAGGGCAUGGCCAACACUUUGGUGCAGAGACUAAAUGUGUAUGUGUCAGCUGUGAAGAAGACUCAAGAAGAUAUUCAGAACAUGAUGACAAAAGCAGAAGUUAUGUCAUACAAAGGUGAUGAAGGUGGACAGAGGGAUGAAGUCAUUGGGUCCCUCCUGCAGCUGUACCAAAAUCUACAGAACAAAGCCACUGAGUAUCAGAUCCUGGGACACAUGCUGAUACAAUGGUGCAGAAACAUUGCUGAGAUCCAUCGCUCAUGUGACAAGCUUGAAUCUCAGUUUAGUAAUGUGAGCCUUGAUAUCGGUGGAGUGGAGGGCCAGUUGAGGGAGCAUGAGGCCUCCAAGCAAGCAGUGUUGGAACUGCUUAAAUUUGCUCAAAAUGAAGCCAAUUCCAUAGUGUCCAAGAUUAGGGAUCAGUGUCCCCCCGAGGCUGGUGCCCAAGACAUUGCCGUGAUUAACGAGUUGUUGAAAAGACGAGGUACAGAGUUUGAGAAAGGGUGGCUGUACCAUCAACACCUGCUGGAGAGACAACUGCGACGGUCACAGUACCACGUUGACCUCCAGGUGAUUAGUGACCAGCUGCGUGACCUGAGUGAGCAGCUCAGUCGUAUGCGAGGUCAUUACGGUGAUUCUCUGGCAGCAGCUACAAAUAUGCAGACAGCAUUCAACCACUUCCAGCUGACUGUUGAUAUGUUAGAAAAGCGCAUCCAGACAUUUGUUACAACCACCACAAAGAUGUUGGGUCCUGAAGAUGAUUCUGGUGAAGUGCAGGAAGACUUAGCAGAGUUGGAGAAGAAAUGGUCUACCUUCCAAAUGCAAGUUGGACAAUCCAAGAAGUCCAUUGAACUUUCCAUUGUAUUCUACAAGCUUGUUGAAGAAGCAGAAGACUGGGUCAAACAGGGUGGUGAGCUUCUGGUGGAUAUAGCUGGUGAUUCAUCAAACAUCCAAACUCCUGAACAGGCAGAGAAACUAAGGACCCGCAUUGAGAAUUUCCUCAAGCCUGAAGAAGAAGCCCAGCAGCAGAGGAUAACAAAACUAUCUUCUCUUGCUUUACAACUGUAUGGUGCAGAACCUCCUAGACAGAUUGAAGUUGUGAACCACCAGAAUACUCAGAUGAUAGACAGUUUUACUGUUAUCAAUCGCAACCUUAUAAUGUUGGUGGAGAACUUGAGGUCUGCCGAGGAUCACAGAGAAAGGCAAAAGAAAGAGAAAGAAGAAAUGGCAGCUUCCCUUGCAGCAGCACAGGCAGAAGCAGGGGCAGCAAGAUUGGCUACCAUUGCUGCAGAAGAAGCCAGAAAGGCUGCUGAAGAAGUAGCUAUUGCCAUGGCUAUACCUAUUGAGCCAAUAGUGCCAGAAAAGGUGGAGAUAGAAAUUCAGACAGAGGCCAUCCCAUUACCUGAUGAGGAGCCAAGCAGGCAGGAAGACACCCCACCUCUCAAGAAGGCUAAACUGAUAGAUGAUGAACCCCAGCCUAUGCCACCUGUAUUCCUUACACCUCUUGUUGGGGCCACAGUAACAGAGGGAGUCAAAUUUACUUUUGAGUGCAAGGUUCUGGGUAUGCCCAUGCCAGAAGUGGAGUGGCUCAAAGACAACAUGAGCAUCACAGCCAAUCCAGACUACAAAACAAGCUAUGAAGAAGGUAUUUGUACACUUACUAUAGAAGAAACUUUCACUGAAGACUCAGCCCUGUUUACCUGCAAAGCUGUAAAUGGUGCUGGCAUGGCUGAGACUUCUGCAACAUUAAUAGUAAAGGAAGCAGAACCUGUAGAGGUACUAGCACCACCCUCCUUUACAAAGAGACUUGUAGACAGCACAGCGCAAGAAGGAGCCACAUACCAGCUGGAGGCGACUGUAGAAGGUCAUCCUCUCCCUGUUGUCUCCUGGGCUAAAGAUGGAAACUGUAUUGAUGAAUCACCUGAUUAUGUUAUUACCUUCAAUAAUGGUGAAUGUGUGCUGAGGUUUGAAGAAGUGUUUUUGGAGGAUAAAGCUGAAUAUUCCUGCAAAGCAACUAAUGACCUGGGUGAAGACAUUACCAAAGCCAAGCUGGCAGUCACUGCUGUUGAAGUUUCUGAACGACCCAAAUUUACUAUGCCCUUAAGUAACGUGAUGGCUCGGGCAGGACAAAAGUUCAAGUUGGAAUGCCAUGUUACAGGGCUACCAAGUCCUACUGUUACCUGGUUCCAUAACAGCAAACCAGUGAAAGAAACUCCAGACUGUAGGAUUGCCUUUGAUGGUCGUGUUGCCACUCUGGUGAUGUCUGAAGCAUUCCCCAAAAAUGCUGGUACAUACACUGUAGUGGCCAAGAACUCUGCUGGAGAAGGCCAGUGCUCAGCUAAUGUGUCUGUAAAGGGCCGCAUCCCAACUGAGACAAGUGACUCCGAGGUUACUUCAGACAUAGAUGUGGAGCCUGUGAAGCCUUCAGUGCAGCUUCCCCUGAAGGACACCAAUGUCAUGGAGGGGAAGAGUGCCAGGCUUGACUGUGUUAUUGUUGGACAGCCUGAACCUGAGGUGAUAUGGUACCAUGAUGAUAAACCAGUCAAGGAGUCAAGUGAUUUCAAACUGCUGUUCCAUGGAGAUCGCUGCUCCCUCAUCAUCCAGGAAGCAUUUCUUGAAGAUGCUGGUAUAUACAGGGUAGUUGCCAUGAACUCUGCCGGUGAAGCAUCAACUGCUUGUUUCCUCAAUGUUGAACCUGUCCCAGAACUUACUCCACCUCCAGCACCAGAACCUCCUGCAGUGGCUCCCAGAUUUUCCCUGUUACUGGCUGACAAUCAUGUCACAGAGGGUAACCCUGUCACUCUGCGGGCCACAGUCACAGGGCAGCCAAAACCUACAAUUGCGUGGUUCAGGGAAGGCAUGCCACUGAUUCCUGACAAUGAGUUACAGAUUCAUGAAAGUUCUGAUGGGAGUGUGAGUGCAACAAUUCAUGCUGCAACCCUUGAUCAUACUGGUCAGUAUGAGAUUGUAGCCUCAAACACUGCAGGGACAGCCAAGUGUGUAGCGUACCUUAGCAUUGAGCCACGUCUUCCCACACCCCCACCGGCAGAACAAACGGAGCCUCCAGUUUUCACUAAACUCAUUACUGAUGUCACAGUCACAAGUGGAUGCAGUGCCAAGUUUGAAGCUGAGGUUAUGGGGCUGCCCACGCCCACGGUACAUUGGACGCUAAAUGACUGCCGCAUCACUGGCCAGGAAUACCUGCGUGGUCACAUGCAGUACGUGAUGGGGAGCAGCAGGAACACCCAUACCUUAGAGCUGCCCACCACCUCCAUGAUGCAGGCGGGAAGAGUCGCUAUCAUUGCAGAAAACAGUGUGGGGAAGGCUGUGUCUGCUGCCACAUUGGAAGUUAUUGAACCUGUAGCCCUAGAGGUCCAACCAAUUAUGCCUGUCCACCAAACAACGAGGGAGGAGACCUUUGUCACCUCCAACACGUCCUCCUCCUCCACAUACCAGCAAAGUACCAUCAUUGAGUCAAGCCACUUCACUCAAGUGGUCUCCUCAGAUGGCACCGCUGACGAGAAGAAGCACAGCAUGGCCGCCACCUCCACAUCUCAGGUUAAGAAGGCUACAGGGCAGCCGACUGUAGAGGUUCAUGGUGCACGUUUACAGGAGAUGAGACAGGAGGGAGGAGCCCCACCAUCAGUCACUGACAAGGUGAGCUUGGUCAAGAGAGAAGGUGAAAUAGUUACUCAGCAGGUCAGUCAAGACUCCAGCACCAUCCUGAUCUCUCCACCUGCAAAGAAAAUUGUUAUAGCAAAGAAGAAGUCAACACCAGCAAGGUUCUUAACUCCUCUUCAAGGUGUCAUUACCAAGGAGGGUGAACAAAUUGUGCUUGAGUGCAUCAUUGAUGGCUUCCCAGAUCCAGUAGUGACAUGGACCCAUAAUGGUGGACCAGUAAGCCAUGAAGCACAAGUGACGGCAAACCUUAAUAAGGCAACCUUGAUCAUUCCAAGGGUCAAGCAGAGCCACUCUGGACACUACACCUGUGCCAUAGAGAAUGAGACUGGCUCGGCUCAAUGUACCUGUGAUGUGAUUGUCAAGAAGACACAGUUCCCACCUGUAAUAUCCAAAAGGCUGCAGCCAGCUGUAGUGGGAGUGAAUGAACGUCUUCAUUUGGAGAUUGAUGUCACUGGCACUCCGUUACCACAAGUUACAUGGUCAAAAGAUGGCCAGCCACUAAGUGCAAAUGACCAUAUUACUUUGAGAUCGGAAGGUACAAGGCACUUACUAAUCAUUCAACAAGCUGAACCUGGAGACUCAGGAAGAUAUGGUGUGAUAGCAUCCAACCCGGCUGGUCGUGCCGAGUCUUUGGCUGAUGUCAUGGUAACACAGUUGAUUCUGGACAAGGCUCCUCCCUCGCACAGAAUUAUGUUUACAGACAUAAGUGACGAAGCUAAGAGGAAUAUCGAAUCUCUUGAAGAAGGGCAUGUGAAAACUAUAAAACGAGCUAUAGAGGAAGUUGCAGUAGAGACAUCAUCUUCCUCUUCCCCUUUAAAAAUCCUCAAGGCUCCCAUUCCCAAGCCUUCUUUUGAAUCACCCACCACCACUCAAGUCCUCCCAACUCCUCCCAGUGUUCCACAAGCUCCUCCUCCUGAGCCCAUGAGUGAAGAGGAGGUGGAUGUUAAACGACUUCCAGGUAAACUGAAAAAGGCAUGGCCACCACCACCACCUGAUGAUGAUGAAGCAGAACACGUCCCCAAAAUUGACACGAGUGUGGAGAUAACGUCUCGCAACGUGUCCUCCAUCAUUUCAUCAUUUUCAGCCUCAAGUGAAAUGCAGUCAUCAUAUGUAAGUCAAAGUAUGCUUCCAAAACAAAUUCCAAAACCUAGACCACCUCCAAAGCUUCCAGAAGAACUGAAUAUUGAACUUCAGCCAGAACCAGCACCUGAGUAUGGAUACUUGACUCCUCCAGAGGCCAUGGUGGUGGAAGAACCACAACCAGAGAUACAGUAUGAAUUGGUCCCUGAAGUCCAGCCAGAGCCAGAGCCAGUAUUAGUUUAUGAACCAGAACCUGAGUAUCAUGUAGUACAGUCACCUGAACCUGUAUGUGUGCCAGAGCCACAUGUUGAAUUUGUUUCUCCUCGUGAGCCCGAGAAAAUAAAAGAAGUGAAAGUAAUUGAGCGCUUUGAAUCUGAUGUUCAGUUAAGGCAAGAAUUUAAAAGAGUAACUGUGCCCAAGAUGGAACCAUAUAAGAUUUUAUCUCCUGUUCCUGAGGUGGUACCUGAGCCUGUUCCAACUCCAGAGCCACCCAGAGUUCCAACUCCAGAGCCACCCAGAGUUCCAACUCCGGAGCCACCCAGAGUUCCAACUCCAGAGCCACCCAGAGUUCCAACUCCAGAGCCACCCAGAGUUCCAACUCCAGAGCCACCCAGAGUUCCAACUCCAGAGCCACCCAGAGUUCCAACUCCAGAGCCACCCAGAGUUCCAACUCCAGAGCCACCCAGAGUUCCAACUCCAGAACCACCCAGAGUUCCAACUCCAGAGCCACCCAGAGUUCCAACUCCAGAGCCACCCAGAGCUCCUACUCCAGAGCCACCCAGAGUUCCUACUCCAGAGCCACCCAGAGUUCCUACUCCAGAACCACCCAGAGUUCCUACUCCAGAACCAGCCACAGUUGUUGUUCCAGUUGUAGAACAGGUCACUGAAGAGUUUAUCCCAUAUGAUUAUGAACCCCAAACAAAAAGAGAAGUAAAGACAGAGACCAGCACAACUGAAAAGAGCUUCUAUGAGUCCAAACGUUCAAUGUCCAAAAGUAGCUAUUCUACAGUUGAGACUAAAGUGUACACAACAGGAGUGUCAAGUCCACCCUCUGAACACACUGUGGAAGUUUCACCUGCACUAGACUUUACUCUACAGCCCACUCAGCCUGAGCCAGUUGAGCUCAUUAUUCCUGAGAGUACCAUUACCCCCGAGCCUCUAGUUCCUGAACCCAUUGUAGAACCUUGUCCACAGCAGACAGAUGACACACAUCCAAAACAAGUUCUGAAAUCUUCACCAGAGGAUGAUAUAUUGGAGUAUUUUGUUCCAGAAAGUGAACAGGUAAUUGAAUUCAUGCCUUCUCCUCAACCAGUGCCUGCAGAACCAAGCCCAGAGCCAUCCCAAAUUGUGUUACAACAGCCAUGGUCACCUAGACUUGAUGAGAACAUACAACAUGGUGAAUUUAGUACAAAUGCAGUAUCAUCAUCAAUAAACAGAGAAAUGAAAACGAUGUUUGUUACAUCAUCUAAUGUACAGACAAAAAUUUUUGCCCAAGUUCCCCCACAAGAGCCUGCGGCACCAGCCAUGUUACCUGAGUUGGGAAGACCAGAACGUCAACCUCUUCAGCCUCUUAUAAUGCCAGAAUGCACACUACCUGAGCAAAUAACUGUUGAAGAACCAGUAAAACCGCCAAAACCCCCAGAGCGCGAUGAGGCAAGAGAACAGAAGAAGCCGAAGAAGAAACGGGAGUCUGUUAUUCAGAUUGCAAAAAGAUUAGAAGAGACUAUUGUUCCAAUGUCUCCAGAUGAGGUACCUGGUGGGAUAAGAAUGUUUCCAAGUCCCAAGCAGCCUUCUACCCCAGUUCGGGAUGUUCCUACUCCAACCCAAGAGACUUCAUCUGCCAGAGCAACGCCCACUAUCGAUGAUAAGUUGUUUGGAGAAAAAUUCCCAGAACUUGAGCCUUUUCCUUUCACUGUUGAAGAGAAACCAAGGAGAGAACGACCACGUAGUUUACCUCCUCCAGUGCCCCGUAAAUUUAUUCCUGGGUCCUUCACUGACAGUGAAUACGAGAGUGAUAUGGAGCCUGAACACAGAUUCCAACUUAAGAAAAUUAAGUUUGAAGCACAAGAGCCACUGCCUCGCCCAGCAUCAGUUGGCCAAGAGAUUUUGCCUCCAUCAGCUUUUGAUACUCCACCUGUGUUUGAUGGUGGAAUGAGACCUGAAAUCCUUAAGAAAGAGGAAGUAGUGAAAGAGGCACCAAAAUCUAUCACACCAAAGAAAAAGACAAAAAUUGUACAGAAGUUUUUGGCUGCUGCAGGCGAGAGUGCAGAGGAAACGAUAAUCAAGCCAAUUCCAAAGAAACCACUUGAACCUAAGAAGCAUCAUGUAGUGCAACCUUCACCAGAACAGAUGAUGGAUGUUAGCUCUGAGACUCUGAGAACACGAGGAAAACUUUCUACAUCCUGGCCCCCACACCCAGAGCCUCACCUGACACAACCAAUACAAACUGAUAGGACUUCUUUCUCUGAGACGCAGGCAUCUUCAGUGUCAUCCUUCUCUGAAACAAAGACACAGAUGACUUCUAUGAGUUAUGAGACAAGACAAGCUAAAAUAAGUCAACAGUCGCAGCAAAUUUUAACUCCUGCCCCAGUCUUAGUACCAGAACCUGCCCCCGAGUAUGUCCUUCAGCCAGAACCUGCACCAGAGUAUGUUAUUCAACCAGAACCUGAACCUGUAUAUAUUCCAGAACCAGAACCUGUAUAUAUCCCAGAACCAGAACCUGUAUAUAUCCCAGAACCUGAACCUGUAUAUGUUCAAGAACCUGAACCUGCACCUGUGUAUGUCCCAGAACCUGAACCUGAACCUGCACCUGUGUAUGUCCCAAAACCUGAACCUGCACCUGUGUAUGUCCCAAAACCUGAACCUACACCUGUGUAUGUCCCAAAACCUGAACCUGCACCUGUGUAUGUCCCAAAACCUGAACCUGCACCUGUGUAUGUCCCAAAACCUGAACCUGCACCUGUGUAUGUCCCUGAACCUGAACCUGCACCUGUGUAUGUCCCUGAACCUGCACUGGUGUAUGAUCUGCAACCAGAACCUGCUCCUGUGUAUGACCUGCAACCAGAACCUGCUCCUGUAUAUGACCUGCAGCAAGAACCUGCUCCUGUAUAUGACCUGCAGCCAGAACCUGCUCCUGUGUAUGACCUGCAGCCAGAACCUGCUCCUGAAUAUGCAAUACAAUCAGAACCAGCCCCUGUUUCAAUGGUAGAACCUCUGGUUGACUUUACUGCUGCACCUGGAUUCAGACCCGUGCGAGCGCCAACACCAAAGGCUACACCACCACCACCAAAGCCAAGCCAAGUGAAGUCUGCUCCUCCACCACCAUUUGACAUGACUCCUCCUGACUUUACAACUUAUACAAAGCCUGCCAUUGUGCCUGAAGUAAAAACAACCCAUGUAACUAAAACUACACAAGAAAUUAUAAGUAAAAAAGUUGAAAAGCAAGUAAGUAAAUCUACUGUUAAGUCUGUCAAGAAAUCUGAGCCUCCAUCCGAGUUAGUUUCUAGGCCUCCUUGGGUCAGUAAAAAGGCCCCCGCAUGGCCUCCAAGUUCUCAAGGAGAAGCACAAAGUGUUGUUUCCUCAGUGCAAAUACGUUCUCAGUCCUUAGAACGACCUCAAGUGACAGUGGCCUCCACACUUCCUGCAAGGCCACAUGAAGCCCCACCUUCUAUAUAUUGGUCAAGCAAUGUUACCCUUCAGGAGAAAAGGAUGUCAUGGCCUCAAGCAGCUCCUCAGAUGCAAACAGUAUCUUCUGCUUCUGUUCAUGAAUCAAGUUCAGUAACCUCAAAACAGGAGAUGGUAAAGAUGUCACAACAGAUGUCUCAGACAACCUCAAGGAAACAAGUUAAGACAGAGAAAACUAUGCAGGAUGCCAAGCAGAGUUAUGCAAAAAUAGUUUCAGAAAAACAAGUGACUGCAGGGUCCAAAAAGUUGACACAUGCACCCAUUCAAACUCCAGUCCUGCCACCUGUUAAGGAAAUACCAAAAAUUAAGCCAAAGAAGGAAGUUUUUGUUGAAUCAUCUGCUCCUCCCAGAGAGAGUUCUGUUGUGUCUCCAAUAAUACAACUUCCUCCCCUAGAACCAUUUCCAUUUGAAGCCCAACCUGACCAGGGGAAGAAACCAAGAGGAAAGGCUCCCUCCAUGCCAAAGAAAUUUGUUCCUGGCUCCUUUACUGAGAGUGAUUAUGAGAGUGAUUAUGACACAACAGCAAGUUCCUUUUCCAGACUGUAUAUGAGUGACAGUGAGGCAACAGGUUUUAGACCAAUGAAUGUGAAAAUGAAAAAGGGGAGAACAAAGAAGCCUAAGCAACCUUCACCACCACCACCCUCCACGUUGGGUCCUCCUCAACCUUUUGAAGUCAAGCUUAAGCCACUAAGUGUUUUCUCAGAUGUAGAUUCAGAUAUUCCAACUUCAAGAGAGAGUACUCCUGUACCUGGACCUACAAUAAGCCAAAGUAAACAUGUAAUACGCACAACAAAAUCUUUAGCUUGUCAAAUAACUCCAGAAAAUAAACCUAUAAAGCAAACUCAGAAGUUUGUGCAGCAGAAAACUCCCAUUAUAACACCUACUGCUCCUAAAGUUGCUCUUCUAACUCCAGCCAAGCCAUCACCUGCUGUUGCUCCUCUCACUCCAGCCAAGCCAUCACCUGCUGUUGCUCCUCUCACUCCAGCCAAGCCAUCACCUGCUGUUGUUCCUCUCACUCCAGCCAAGCCAUCACCUACUGUUGCUCCUCUCACUCCAGCCAAGCCAUCACCUGCUGUUGCUCCAAGAGUGGUGCCCCAAGCUGUAAAACCCACAUCUGUAGCACCGACCUAUUUGAGUCAACCAGAAAUGAAGGUGACUACAAAUGUUUCAUCAGCAUCUUCCGAGAUGAUUGUUAAGACGGAAGUUAAACAAGUAGGUUCACAGGUUCAAACUACAGAGAAGCGAGAGAGAGGAGUGAAGGGUAUGAUGAAAAUGUUUGAGGGCAGUGGUCCAGCUCCAAUGCCACAGGGUGUUGUGGUGUCUGCACAUAUUCCGGGCCCCUCCACUAUUGGGGUACAGUCACCACCACCACCACCACCACCUGUUGGAGCUGUACCAUUCCAAGUACCUGCCCCAGUGCCAAGUGCUGCCCCAACCCCCUCUACAAGUGAAGCUUCAGUCCGAUAUAUCCCUGUGGCUCAUGAUGCUGAUGGUGCAGAUAAAACCUCAAGCUCCAGUAACAUGAAAACAAAGCCAUCAUCUCCAAAGUCCAGAAAGAAGACAGAGAAUCUACAGAUGACUGCUCAAGAGAGGGAAGAAAGCGGUUAUGCAGCAGAUACUGAAGGAACUCUGCCACGCCGCAAUAUAAAGAGUAAUCAGUCAAUGAGUUCAUCAAACAUUACUUCUAGUUCUUCAUUUUCAAAAAGUGAAAGUUUUAUGUCUUCAUCGUUCUCCAAGAAUGAGAGUAAAGACUUUUCAUCAAGUUCUGGUUUUGGUCAAGUAGAACCUCCAUUAUUUCCCUCUGGCUUUGGUGCCCCUGCCAGUGGUGGUCUGCCUCCUGAAGGUAGUUUCCCCUUGGGUUCCUUUCCCUUCCCUUCCGCCCCCGCCUCUUCAGUAGGCCAGACCUCGCACUUCUCCAGUUCAUUCAAGUCGUCAGAAAGUAAAUCUUCCCAGAUGUUUACUAGCAGGUCAGAGGAAGUUCAUGAAGAAAGGCGAGGGAGUGACGGCCCCAAGACGACAAAACCAACACCUCCGCCGCACCAAGAAAAGAAACCCAAAUUUGAAGAAUAUAGAAAAGAAACAAAAGGAAAGCCAGGGACAUCGGGACCCUUCUCAGAAGACACUUAUUAUGCUAUGAAGGAUGAGAGUGAUGUCUCAACAGAUAAAUCCAGGACUCAAAAGAAAGUUGAAUUCAAGAGUGAGACACAUGUAGAAGUAAUGUCAGAUAAGAAGGUUGAAGUGUUUGAAAGUACGAGUGUAGAUGUGACUCCACAGCCACCCAAGAAGCAGACAGUUAAAGUGGAACCGAAAUUAGACAGGAAAGCAAUUAAAGAACCAAAAAUUGAGAAAGUGCAACAGGUUUCAAAACCUGUUAAGCAGCAAAAAGAAGCAGCAAAACCAGCUUCUCAGGAUACAACUGUAGGGAAAGUGAAGACUGCAGUUAAGGUGGUUGAGCAUGAUACACAAAAAGUGAAGACAGUUGUGCUAACUAAGUCCACUGACAAGCAAAAAACAGAAGAAAAAGUGAUAAAAAAGAUGACACCAGUUUCUGAGCCCAAGUUUAAGGCAGUUCAAAAGCCUCAGCAUGACAAAUCAUUAAAAGAAUCAUUUAUUACUUCACAAGCAAAAGUUCCUAAAAUUGAACCUCUUAAGUCAACUGGACUUGUGAAGCAAGCUGUAACAAAGCAGGAGAGAGAGAAAGAAGAGCUUGAUCUUAAACCUUUUCCAUUCAAAGUUGAUCCUGAAAAGCCUAAGAUGCCAAGAGGAGCCCCACCACGUCAACCCAGCAAGUUUGUAAAGAUCGAGUUCCACGAAAGUGACUACGAGAGUGACUAUGAAGGUCGUAUUCCACCUAAGUGGAAGCCAAGUGACAGUGAUGCUGAAGAUCAGAGCUAUGGAAAAAUAAAGCCACCACCUAGCACACUGAAAGUUCCUCAGCCUCAUGUUAGAACACCAACCCCACCUACAGCCUUUGAUGAGCCUCCAAAGUUUGAAGGACCUCCCAGGCCAAAGGUCGAUUUUCCAGAGUCUGAAACUGAACCCGAACGAGAAAUAUCACCAGAAAUAAUUAUUCCAGAAAAUGUUGAGAUUAUCAGUCGACCAGAACCACCUCGGAUAGUUCCCAAGGAGCCAAAGAUUUAUAAAUCACAGCCACAGAAAAAAGAGCCUCCUCCAAAAAGACCUCCCUCACCCAUUUUAAAGCCUGGAUCACCACCCAUAGAAGACUAUGUGCCACCACCUCAGACACAGUCUGCACCAUAUUCUAAUGCUAUUGGUGUUGAGUCAACUAAAAUCACAAAAAUAGCAGAUUCUAGUAAACACCACCAGAGAUUUGUAACUAUGCAACAGACUACGCGUGUUAUCAAGUUUACAGACUCGAGAACAGCUUCCUCAACUGAGACUCAUGAUGUUAAGACUUCUGAAUCAAGGUCAAGACCAUUACAUAAAGAAGAGUCUAAACUGAAGCCUCUUCCACCUUUGGAGCCAUUCCCAUUCUCUCCCGAGACAGAAAAAGCGAAGAAAGACAGAGGUGCACCACCGCCCAAACCGAAGAAGUUUCAAAAAGGUGAAUUUACUGAAAGUGAUUAUGAAAGUGAUUAUGAAAGACGUAUCAAACCUAAAUGGCAACCCACUGACAGUGAUGCUGAAGACCUCAGUUAUACCACCGUGAAACCACAACUUCGAUCAGACAGAACACCUUCAAAGACCAGAGAACGAACUCCCACUCCUCCUACUGUCUUUGAUACUCCACCUGGAAGUGGAGGUCCAUGGCGACCAGUCAUUGAACCUUCUCAAAUAAUUGUUCAGAAAGAGCAAAGUCUUGAAGUUGUAAUUCCUAAAGAAUUACCCAAGAAAAUUGAACCACCCAAGAAAUUUACUGCCAAGGUAAUACCUAAAAAACUGGUGGAGCCUCGGGAAAGGUCAGUGUCACCUCCUCUUCCUUCACCAGGUUCUCCUCCAGAAGAAGGCAUAAUUGUGCAGGAGACCCAAUAUGUUGUGGAUAAAGUAGACCUCAAGUCAAGAGUAAUUACCCCUCCAGUGAGAGAAAUUCAAACAUAUGAAGAAAAACCCUACACAAAGGUAAUAGAGAGAACCGAGAAGACCUUUACAAAUUUGAAACUAGAAGAAGAACUAAGAAUGAAGAAAGAGAGAAUGGAAACGAAAAAGACUGUUGUCACAGAAUAUGAACAUGUUCCAAAACGACCUCCACCACCAGCUGAAUCAGAACAAGAAAUUGUACAGAUAGAAAUAUAUCCAGACCUAGAACCAUUCCCAUUUGAACCAGAUAAAGAUAAACCCAGAAAGGAAAGAGGUCCACCUCCACCUAAACCUAAGAAAUUUGUUAAGGGAGAGUUUAGGGAAAGUGAUUAUGACAGUGACUAUGAGAGUAGAGUCCGCCCAAAGUGGAAGCCACCAGAUAGUGAUGCAGAAGAUCCAGAGUAUACUCCAGUAAGACCUCCUCCACCCACAGAAAGACAGCCUUCCAAGAGCAAGGAACGCACUCCCACUCCACCUUCAAAGUUUGAGGUUCCUCCUUCUUUGGGGGGACCCUUACGUCCAACAAUAGAUUCAGUAGAUGCACCUGUGUUAGUUGUGAAAGAGCCUUCCCCUGAAAUCAUUAUACCAAAAGUUAAAGAACUACCACCAUCGAAAAUUCUAAAGGUAACUCCAAAAGCACCUGUAUUGAAACCUAAGGAACCAGAGCCACAGGUAUAUGAGACACCCAGUCCUCCUCUACCAGAGCCUGGACCACAGCCAGAAAUUGGUUAUGUUCAAAUGAAAGUAACACCAGCAGAAGAGAAAGAAGAUGUUCAUAUUAAGAUGAUUAGAAAAAAGAUUGAAGCCAAAAAAGGUUUCCAGAUUGACAUUGAUAUUACUGAUAUUUAUGACUUUGUUUCUGAAUCGGAUCAUGAAAAAGUAGAUAUAGAAGCUAGCCAGACAAAGCCUUUUCCACAACUUCAGCCAUUUCCAUAUGAACCAGAUCCCAGCAGACCUAAGCGACAGCGAGGUCCUCCUCCACCACAGCCAAAGAAAUUUAUGAAGGGAGAGUUUAGAGGUAGCGACUAUGAGAGUGACUAUGAAAAACCAAUUGCUCCUAAGUGGGUGCCACCUGACAGUGAAGGUGAGGAACAUGUUUACCGGCGAGUUGCUCCUCCUAUUGGAGAAAUUAUGAAGCAGCGAAGUGAAUCCUUAGGCAGGGACCCAUCACCCCCGUCUAAGUUUGAUCAGCCACCUCAGUUUGAAGGACCACCACGCCCAGUCAUGGAACUCUCAGAUUUGCCCAGAAGGGAGAGAAGAGAGUCCUUAGAGGAAUACUCUAUUCCAAGGUUCCCUAAGGUAGAGUUCAAACCCUUUGAUCUGGAGGAGGAUGCCAUUGUUCAAGCUCAAGGAGUCAUUACAACUGACACUGAGACUGAACCUGAAUCACAUACAAAAGAUGGUCUUGACAGAAGAUAUGUGAAGUCUGCUCAAAAAACAGUUAGCAAUCAGUUUGACGACAUGACCCAGACAUUCCGCCACAAAGCACAAAAGUUUGCUGAGCAGUUAGUGACAGAGGUAUUUGCUGCCAGGGAGGGCUCAGUGCCAGCUGAGCCAGCAGGUGAACCUCCAUCACUACCAGAGGAGUUGAGGACACACUCUGUCUCACCAGACUCCACUGCCGUGCCUCCAACUUCCACAGCCUUGUCACCAACUACCCAGGAACCUCAGGCAUACAGAGAUGAAUCCAGAGUAUCUGAAUUUGGCACAAAACAUAUUGACCCGGAUACAGGUCUAAUCUACUUCAAAUAUGACUUUGGUUAUGAAUUUGGUGUCAUCCUACCUGGAGAAGCAAAGAAGGUAGAGAAGAAAAAACAAGUAAAUGGGGAACACAGUUCAGACAUCCCUAUUCCUGUCAUUCAUGAAAAAACUGAUGGUUUUAAAAAAACUGAGAAAUGUUUUACCAAGACCAAUGGUCAUGUCCAUCAUAUGGAGACUACUGGACCCCAAGACUCACCAGCUGCAUCAGUUGAAGAAUCUGCAUCGACAAAAGGCACAUCCGUCCAAGCUCCUACAAUGGAUCACCUCUCCCCUCAUCCAUCUCUUCAGUCCGACAUCUCCGAAACAGACCGUGAGUAUCAGCAGUACAUGGGCAAGAUGAUUCCUGAAUUUGUGCCCAAGAAGCAAGCCCAAUUCCGUCCCAUUUCUGGUGACCCAUAUUCAGACAGUGAAGCAGAGUCAGACCACCCGAGUCCGUCCAAGAUUGCUGAGUCAAGUCCAGGUGUCCCAGUGGGUCCUAGGAGGUUUGUGCCUCUGGUUCCUGGUGCAGCUGUUCAGCCCAAGCCACUUUCUUUUCAAGGAUCCCCAACUGAUGCACUCUACACAACAACAGAGCUGGGAGUACUUGGGUCCCCCCUCAGCGCUACACCCCCUUCCACGCCUUCCACACCCCGCUCUGGCCCCCUUACACAGCCCACACGACCGCCACACUACAUCACGGUAAGUUGACAAUAACAAAAUUGUUAGAUACUAUUGUAAGUUAAAUAAUGUUGUCAUACUGAUAAGUACUUCCCCAUCUAGAUUAUUUUCUACACAAUGUUUCCAAAUAUUAAGUUAUCCUGAAACUGUAUAAGGCAUUUGUUGAGGCACUAUUUUCAUAUAUUAAAUCAUCACACUUUUGGGUUGUCAAGUGAUU